AUGAGCCCAAGUAGGCCCAAAUCCAACUAUUUUGUCUCUAAUUCCUCUCUCUCUCUCGAGUACGCAGUAGAGAGAGAAAUGACGUCGUCUUCGUUGGCGCGUUACCGCCGUUGGAUUUCCCAGUUCAAAUUCGCGUACUCUCAAACCAAGCCAUUUCCCUCUCCGCCUUCGAUCUCCUCCACCGCUGGACGCCACAACGAUGAUUCCGACGUCCCCAGCGGUCCGCCUCCGAUACGAGUUUCGCUCACCGGUUCUGCCGGUCGUGGUGUAUUCGCCACUCGCAAGAUCGGCGCUGGAGAUCUCAUACACACAGCCCAACCACUUGUCGCUCAUCCUUUGCUAUCCUCUGUUCACCAUGUGUGCAAUUUCUGCUUGCGGAAGCUGCAGAGAAAUGCUAAUGCUAACGCCGAUGCUCAUCGUGCAACGUUUUGCUGCAAAGAGUGUGAACGAAAUUCCAAGGUUUUUCAUGAUGUCGAAAUGCAAGCAGAUUGGUCAGACUACGACAAGAAUUGCAGGGAGCGAGGCUUAAAAUAUCCUCUUUUGGUGAAGCGAUUGGCUUGUAUGGUCAUAUCUGGAGCUAUAUCUUCUGACCAUCUUAACAUACUUCAGCCUUCUAGUUUGUCUCCUCAUAUGGUUUCGGAGUUAAAAGAAGGUUACAGCCUGCUGAGAAAAGCAUUGGUCAACGCAAGCAUCACAGACGAACAAUUGCUCUUUCUAACUCAAGAAUGGUACACUGGAGUUCUCGCACGAAUUCGUAUUAAUGCCUUUCGAAUCGAAUUGGUUGGAGGGUAUGAGGAUCUUCUUUCUCUUGCAGCAGCCUCUGUUGAAGCAGAAGCUGCUGUCGGGAAUGCUGUUUACAUGCUACCAUCUUUCUAUAAUCACGACUGUGAUCCAAAUACACACAUUAUAUGGAUAAACAAUGCAAACGCGAGAUUGAAGGCCCUCCGUGAUGUUGAGCCCGAUGAAGAGCUACGGAUCUGCUAUAUCGACGCAAGUAUGGAUCAUGAGGCUCGGCGAACGCUGCUAUACCAGGGAUUUGGUUUUAUUUGCAACUGCGCCCGGUGUUCGUCUGGCGAUUAAGUGAGAUUAUUCUCAUAUCUAUAACUCUUUUCAUAUAUAAAAUGUUGAUUUGAAACGACAUUAUUAACUCAAAUAGAUUAGACAUUGAUGAAUAUGGCUAGCUCUCUAGUUCGACUUUUACAAUAUUAAUGGAUUGUGGAGAAGAAUCAAGACUGAUUCCGUUGAGUUGAUGUUGA